AUGAAGAAACGAAAAUUAUCUUCAAGAAUUUCUCUCUAUGAUCUCAGAAAUGAUGAAGGAUUUAAUGAACGAAUAGCCGAAUAUGAUAAACUAAAGGCGAUCAAGAAUAAUUUCCUUGGAAUUAAUUGUAUUCAUGAUUUAGAUAUUAUUCAUAUAACUUUAAAACCAUGGACCGGAAAAUAA